CAACCUCAAAAUCCGUGUCAUUCUCAUGAGUUUGGGUGAUCCCCAAGCUUCCACGUUUCUGGAAAGAAAAAUGUUUGGUUUUUCCUUUCAACACAAACCUUCUCAAUUCUCAUUCUCCAACUUGAGUGCUCUAACCAAAUCACAAUAUGGCAAUGAGAGUCGCAGCAGCGUAUGCUGCUUCUGCUUUUGGGAGCAUUGCAACGGUUAAAAAACCGUCACUUCUCUUUUCACUUCCACACCAUAAUCUUUCUCCCAAGUUCCAUAACAUUAUCAAUCUUCCUUCGCACUCCAAUCCUAUUACUAAACCUGGAUUUCAAUGGCACAUUCGAGCUAUUAGUGAGGCAGCUAUGGAGGCUGCAAGUUCCAAGAAAGAAGGGGAAGGUCAAUCACCCAAUAACAAGGAUUGGAAGAUUAAAAUGCUCUAUGAUGGAGACUGCCCUCUCUGUAUGCGCGAGGUGGAUAUGCUAAGGGAGAGGAAUAAGAGCUAUGGAACAAUCAAAUUUGUUGAUAUAAGCUCAGUUGAUUACUCUCCAGAGGAAAAUCAAAACCUUGACUAUGAAACGGUUAUGGGAAGAAUUCAUGCUAUUCUCUCUGAUGGAACUGUGGUUAAGGAUGUUGAAGCGUUUCGGAGAUUAUAUGAACAAGUUGGUCUUGGUUGGGUUUAUGCUAUUACAAAAUAUGAACCAAUUGGCACAAUUGCUGACUCCAUAUAUGGUGUUUGGGCUAAAUAUCGUCUUCAGAUUACAGGAAGGCCACCUAUAGAAGAAAUUUUAGAAGCUCGAAAAAAGAAGGGCGAAGUAUGCAAAGAUAGCAGUGCUUGCAAGAUGUAAAUUUCCACAAGGCUGCAUUUGGAUGCUGUUUCUGAAACAGAAAUAGAGAGACAUGGUAAAUUUAUAUAUUUUAUGUAACUUCUUAUAACAUCUUUUCCUUAUUUCUGUAUUUCUGAAUCAGAUACAGAAUCCAAAUGCAACCUAAUAGUUGACCAUGGUAAACACUUGAAGAGGCUCGCCAUAUAUAUAUGAUCUUAUAUAUGUAUCAUGUAGAUCAGCAUCACAAGUAUACAUCUUCAUCAGCAUACAUUUGAUACUCUCUUGUAAAGCAAUUGAUCAGGCUCAAAAGAAUGGUAGUGUAUAGUGACUAUAGUCUACUUCAGCAGAUUCUUCAGCAUUGUCUCACACAAACGUUUUAUGAUAUCAGCAGUAGCUGAAUUAACGGUAUAUGUAGAUUGUUACACAUGACAUUAAAAAGUUUAUUUUCAUAUAUACAACUAAGAUUGAAAGCUUAUGCUUAGUGCAUCCAUGUACCACGUGAGGGUGAUAAGUAUGUAUAGUAGUAAUAGUAUACAGGUUUAAGUAUCCUGUGAAUCUCUAUGAUUUUACUUAAUUUUCAGUUAACUUCUGGUUU